AUGAACACUCUUCCCCACAUAGAAGGCAAGGAGUACUUCAUUGGCGGGAUCAAGGUCAAUGCAUUCAAUACAGAGUGCUUGGCUCCAUACAUCGAAAAGUGCAACAAGACGAUUGGCAACGACCACAUCAAGAUUAAUGUGCUCUACUUGUUACACCAAAGAGGUGGCGACACUUCAUACACCAAUGCUAUUGCUCAGCAUGUAAUUGACAAGUUCACCAAAGCCAGCGACCUCCCCUUGGUUGCUGUGACUUUUGACCUUCGUAACCAUGGGUCCCGCGUCGUUGACGAUGACCGCAACGGCGAUUGGGCCAGUGGGAACAAAACCCACGCCAUUGAUAUGGUGUCUGCCAUUCACGGCAACGUGGCCGACUUGAAACUUAUCAUUGACUUCUUACCUGCCUGUUUCGACUUGGACCCGUUGAACAAGGAUCCAGACAUGCCCAUUCGCUUCAACAACAUUGUCAGUGGCUACUCCUUGGGGGCACAUGUGGCCAUUCGUUUUGCCAACACCUAUCCCGACCUGGUUUCCAUCAUUAACCCAACCAUUGGCAGCUACGACAUGACCUCGUUGCUCUUGAACAGGUUGAAGAAGACAAGCAACUUUGACAAGAAGUGGUUCUAUUGUACCUACGAAGAGCUUGAGCUUAAUGACGAGGAGAAGAGAUUGUAUCCCGAAGCGUUCCAUAAACUAGUCAGCGCUGAGGAUAUUCAAAUCUUCGAAAACUUUCCUUAUGAAAAAGUCAAGAUGUUUGCUUCCUUCUUCAAGGAUGACCCUCUUGUUCCGUCUCGUAUCUCCUCCUUGUGGGCAGAUAUGUACAUGAACGACAACUCGUCGACGCAAGUGUAUUAUGAGGAGGGAGCUAAGCACGAUGUGACGCCCGCAAUGAUCAACAACUUUGCUACGUGGUUGAUUGAUGAAAUCUAA